UCGGCGGUGGUGUCGGGCGCUCGCGGCCGGGCGCCGCAGUCCUCGGGCGACCGAGGAGGUGGGAGGUGGCGCGUGGAGCUGCUCGGUGGUUUGACCGCGAGAACGAGCAGCACUUUCGCACCUCCCGUUCCUCCUGCGGCUUCGGGCGCCCAGCGUGGGCGGCUGCGAGCCCCCGCCGUAGCCAUGCUUCGGAGGGACGGCAGGAGGAACGACCCCCCCAAGCGCGUGCGCUUCCAGCUGCCCGAGAGGCACUGGCGGGAGGAGCUGGAGCUGGAGCGGCAGGCGGCCGCCGCUGCCCUUGGGGACGCGGAGGACGCCUGGAGCUCUGCCGCGCUGCCGUGGGGGGAGCGCAGCCCGGAGGGCGAGCGCGGGCUGCCGCGCGCGGGGCCGGCUCGCGGGGCCGGGAGGACCUGGCUGCGGGCCGUGAGGUUCCGCCUCCGGGCGCUGGGCAGAUCCUGCGCGGUGCCGGCUUUGCGCUCCGGCAAGAGGCUCUUGCGGAGGCCCCGGGCGCCCGCGGAGACGCUCGCUGCCACGGGCGUCGAGGAGGAGCGAGGGGAGCGCGGCACCGUCGCCUCCAGCCCGGCCAGCGCCCAGGACCCGCUCGAGCAGAGCCUCGACGCCGGCGUCCCCAGCGCUGAGGAAGGGCAGAUCCCUUCGGGCGGAGAUGACUCCGGGAUGGAACAACCUCCAGCAGCGGAAGAGCAGCCCCCGGCGCCCCGCUGCGACGAGGUUGUAGAUGCGGCCGUCACGUACAUCUCCAAGUACGUGAAGGACCUGGCCGCCUACAUGGAGGAAGCCAUCUGCCAGGAAAUGGAGCUCGCCAAGGAGCUCCAGGCCUUUGGCAGAUCCUUCAAGAAGAUCUCCGUCCCAGGGCCGCCUGGGCCAGCCCUGGAGACUCCUGCGCCGUCCCAGCAGGAGGAAGUGGCUCUGCAGGAAGGCCCCCGAGACGAGGAGCGGCCAAAGCAGAGCCUCGAGGCCCUGGGACAAACUCUGCUCAUCAACCAGCAGCUGCUGGAGAAGAUGGAGCAGCAGUGGCGGGAGGCCGAAAGGCAGCUGCAAAAGGAAAAGGCCGAGCUCUGCUGGCUGCCCUGCUCUGAGGAUGUGGGGGAGGAAGGGCAGGAAGAGCCGGCAGAGGAAGAGGAGCCGGGUGCCCGCAGCACUGCCCGGCGCGAAGGCUGGCGCAGCUGGAGGAGGGAGCUGAGGCGAUGCUUGGAGACCCAAUGGCAACUGCUGCAGCAGCCAGAAGGCCUGAUGCUUUACGCCAGGUGGCUGCAAAUAACAAACUAAGGAAGAGCAUCACCUUUCCGAGGCGCUACGCGUGCAGCCGAGAGUCUCUUACUUUGCAAAAGUGGAGCGAGGUGAGCCAGGCAGGCCCUGAGAUCACGCUCAGGUUCAGCGGGGAGUCCAGACCACCGGGCAAGUUCAGUGGAGAAAAACAGGGCAGGAAGAGUCUGGUGCUUCUGCCCGUGCGUAUGCAGCCGUCGUCCCAAGGACCGCCACCCGCGCCCUCCGGUGCCGCACGCCAAGACCAACGCGACAUCUCGGCUCCGCUGGACCCCUUCGGACUCCCCGACCCCUGCUGGGAGCGCUCCGUGCCGCGCCGGGGACCGGACGACGACCCCGUCUGUGCGUCCGCGGGGGAAAGAAGGGUGCAGAGCGCCCCGCGCCCCCGGGCACCUGCUCCCGCCUGAGCUGCUGCCCCGCGUCUCCCUCGCCGGCACCGGGCCGGCACCAAUAAACACGUAAACAUAAAAUAAA